GCAUUUGUUGUUUUGUCGCCAUCCGGUUGAUUAUUUUGUUUAAUUUUUCUUUUAAUUAAUUUGUUACUUUUCAUAAUUUAAUCUUUUGACGAUUAAACAGAAAUGGUUGUUAUUGUUGUUCCUGAUGAUUCUCGGUUCCAAUUGGAACUGGCAAAUGCCGUGAACAAUUUAGCGGUGGUUGAUUUUACUGCUUCAUGGUGUGGCCCUUGUCAAAUUAUUGCCCCAGUUUUUGAGCAAUUGAGUAACAAGUAUACUCGUGCUGUAUUUCUUAAAGUAGAUGUUGACCAAUGUCAAGAAAGUGCUCAUUCUCAAGGAGUUAAUGCAAUGCCAACAUUUAUAUUCUAUCGUAAUAAAGUUAAACUCGCCGCCAUUCAGGGUGCCAAUGCUGGGGCCUUAGAAGCCAAAAUAAAGGAGUUAAUUGGUGAUGAUGAUGAGGGUGGUGAUGCUGGUAGUAGUUCCAGUUUGGUUCCUGGUCACAUUAAUCUAAAUUCUAUGUUGGCUAAACAAGAUUGUGAAUGUCUUAAUGAGAGUGAUGAUCAUACUCUUGCUGGUUGUUUGACCUCUGCAACCUCAUAUCUUGAAUCUGAUGUUGAUGAACAGUUGAUCAUUAAUUUAGCUUUCACUCAAAAUGUUAAACUUCAUUCCUUAAUUAUCACAGCUCCUGCUGACAAAGGGCCUAAAUUUCUUAAACUGUUCAUAAAUCAACCACGAACAUUAGAUUUUGAUCAAGCUGAAUCAAUGGAAGCAGUUCAAACAAUUGAAUGUACUCCAAAAGAUUUAACUGAAGGAGCAUUGAUACCACUUAAAUAUGUCAAAUUUCAAAACAUUCGUAGUUUAUUGAUCUUUGUGAAAAACAAUCAAGGAGGAACUGAAACAACCAGAAUUGAUCAUUUGGGAAUCAUUGGAUCUCCAUUAAAUACAACCAAUUUGAGUGAUUUAAAACGAGUUGCCGGUAAAAUAGGCGAAAGUCAUUGAAAGUCUAAUUCAAAAAUGGACCAUUACACAAAUUGCGAAAAAGUGAUCUUCCAUAUUCUUAGAUUAAAUUGUAACAAACAAAUAAAUCUGAAUUGAAAAGAUCACCAAUUAAACGAGAAAGUUAUCAAAUCCAAACCAAAA